UGCCGGCUAAUUCAUGCUUCAAGCCUAAAAUAUCUGAAGAGCGCAAUAGUGGUCUGAAGUUCGAAAUAUCUGGAACAGUUUGGUAUAUGCUGCAGAGUGGCGGGGCGGGAGGGUGGCGGUGUGCACUGGCGACACUGCCAUUGGAAUCCGUUGACAUCGUCCAAUCCCAUUUGUGAUUGUUUCACCUCCAUCGAGCUGCAGCACAUUUCAGACUGGAAUCCGAAGAUGCUCGGGCGCGGGCAAGUUAAUUCCGAGCUGUUCCGAGUUUAUCCGAGUCCUGCCAUACGUUUUGUACACGAAUAUGUAUAUGAGGUUAGCAGGACUAGAGCAUUCCAAAUGCAUGAAGAAGCAGGCGAUUUAAAAGGAAUAGAUAUGAACGAAAUUACAGAUUCGGAAGAAGAAUAUUCAGAAAAUGAGCGGAAAUUACUUAAAAAAAUACGAGAUAGACGUUCUUCUGAAAGCUAUGAUAGUGAUUAUGAAGUUUAUGGGUUACAAAACGAAAAUGAAGCUAAGGAUGUUACGGAGAACGAAGCAGACUCUAUGGUAUCAGAUAUCGAAGGAUUACAAGAAGAUUUUGACUUACCAAAUGAAAAAGCCUGGGGAAAAAAGAAAAAAGUUUAUUAUUCUACAGAUUAUGUAGAUCCUGACUAUGCUACAGCUAGUCAAAAGGAUUUAGCUGAUGCUGAAAUGGAAGAAGAAGAAGCUAGAAAUAUUCAAAAAAGAUUAGCAGGACAGUUAGAUGAUGUUGAUUUUGGAUUAGAUUUUAUGCAACCUAUAAAAUCCCAUGAUAAAGAUAUUCGAGAAUAUGCAGAACAGUUUGUAAGAACUGAUCUCAGUAAACUUAGUAAAAGGCAAAAACAAGCAAUAAUGGAAAAAGAAAGUCCUGAAUUUAUGGUGCUUGUAACUGACUUUAAAGAUCGCAUGACAGAAGCAAAAGAUGUAUUAGGACCAUUUUUAGAAUUGGCUGAGAUUAAUGCGAUCUCCGGUUGUUCAGCGGUAUCUUUUGUAAAGACGAAGUAUGACAUUUUAUUGAAUUACUGUAUCAAUAUAUCGUUUUAUUUAAUGUUAAAAGCUAAACGAUUGCCUGUUAAUUCUCAUCCUGUUAUAAAACGUUUGGCACAAUAUAGUCAAUUGUUGAGUCAGUUAGAGUCAGGACAGGGAAAUUUGAUACAAGAGAUCAAAGACGUAUUGACAGCUAAAAAUCAAGGGAAACCAUUGUAUAAUGUAUCCGAUGGUUCUAAAUUAGGAACCAACGAAAAGAAACUAUCGAAUCAUUUUAAAGGGAAACUAGAUCAUGUACAAAAAUCUGCUAAAAAGAGAGUUAUCGAUCAAUAUUUAUCAGAGUCCGAAUAUAACAUGGAGAAAAAGAAAUUUACAGACGAAAGAGAAAAAUCUAAAGAUAAUAUAUACACAGAGAUAGUAGAAAAUUUGGAACCUCAAACAAGUAGUACAGACGAAGAGGACAUGGAAGAUACUACAGAAAAAGAAGAGAAGCAAAUGGAAAAUACUAACGUGAGAGAAUCGGUAAUUGAGAAUGCAGGAAAAAGAGGAAUUACGUAUCAGAUGGCAAAGAAUAAAGGUUUAACACCACACCGGAAAAAAGACCAACGGAAUCCUCGAGUAAAGCAUAGAAAUAAAUAUCGUAAAGCUAAAAUUCGAAGAAAGGGAGCUGUGAGAGAGGUGAGAAAAGAAAUAACUCGUUACGCAGGAGAAAUCUCGGGUAUUAAAGCUAGUGUGAAGAAAAGUGUUAGAUUGAAAUAAAAAAAAGUAGAAGAUUGCUUGUAAUAUAAUUUGCAUUAAAAAUUAUAAAAUUAGUUUAUUUGCUAUGAAGAUAUAAGUCCCUUUUACAUACAUAAUACGAAUUUAAGUACAAUAAAAAAAUCUUGUAUUCUGAUAA